AUGUCAUCGUCCACUCUUGCCUCCGAUGCGCAGGCGCUUCACGCCAACCGUGCCCACCAACUCAUCGUCGCUACUGUUUUUGCCAUUCUGCUUCCCACUGUCUUCCUCGCACUGCGGCUGCUUGCCAGACAUGUUCUGCGCAUCCGUCUCCACUUUGAUGACUGGUUGAUCAUCAUUGCUUGGAUUGGUCUCGACAUCAGCGGCUCUCUGCUCAUCGAGCAUGGUAUGGGCCGUCAUAUCCAAACAGUCAGCACUCCCGACCUCGUCGAGUUCUUGCAGAUCCAGUACACGGGCGUCAUUCAAUACCCGCUCUGCAUCACCUUCACAAAGCUGUCCAUUCUCUACGAGUAUCGCCGUCUCUUCCCCAAACAUCGCGACUUCAAACUCAUGACCUCACUCCUUAUCACCCUUAUGAUCAUGUGGUGUACUGCAGUGGUAUUCACAGGCAUAUUUAUCUGCACUCCCAUCCGCAAGGCCUGGAGUCCGUGGUUGAAGUAUGGCAAGUGUAUUGAUUUGGUGCCUUUUUACUAUGGCAUCCAGAUCCCCAAUGUGGUCACCGACUUGCUCAUUUUGCUGUUGCCCCUGGGAGAGGUGCAGAAGUUGAAGCUGCCCCCUAAGCAANNAAAAUUGGGCGUGGCAUUGACUUGUUUGCUCUGGGUUAUCUCUCUGGUUUUUGGAGUCGUUCGUCUGGCUGUUAUGGUUCAACUCAGCGGCGAAGGCCAGGAUAUCACUUGGAACUUGGUUCCCGCAGCCAUUUGGACGACAAUUGAACCUGCUGUUCAAAUCAUCACUGCCUGUUUGCCUUCGUUGCGUGUCCACUACCACAAAUACAUCGAUCAUCGCACCCAGAAGGCCAAAUCUGCUGCUGCAAGACGUCUGCGCAGCAUUGAGUUGACCCAUAUUUGA